AUGAACACGACGAAACGAGGAGACGAAAUGCUGUCUCUUCAUACUGUGAGGAGUCGCUUCCCCAAAAUCAAUAGGCAAUCGUGUCGCGGUCCCCUUUAUGAUUGGCUGUCGAGGCAUACUUCUUCCGUGGUUGGCGGGUAGAAGAGGACGCCGCCGUCAAAUAAUUGAACAUAAUUGAUGGCGGGUGCGAGAAAACGUACCCUCAACACAAGAACCACGACGAACCUUGAUGACGACGGUCCCCGUAAUGGACAGGUGUCCCCGCGGACCCGCGCGGGCGGCCUAUGCUUAAUUCACGAGAUGCUGAUCCGGCUCGCCGUAGCUGUUGUUGGGACCAUAAGUUGGUUAAUUAUGUGCUAUUGUGCCAUACGUGGUUAGAAUGGAAACACUCCGAAGGCUAGUAUUAUGGAAAUGUGACGCCCUCCCCCAUGAUUGCUCCUGGAGCAGGGAAGAACCUGACAAUGCACCACAUUGUUUAUGGCUCUCCCAGUUGCUUGCUCUUCUUCUUUCCGAAAGUCAUUUAAGAAGAUGUUAAAAAGACAUUCUUUAGUCAAAAAGAAAUGAUGAGCAGAAAGCUCCCCGGACUCGUAAAAUUUCGCGUGGGGUCGCAUCCGACCGAGCAUGGUUCAUUGGCCACUGCCGUUCAGAAAUUGAUGCGCCAGUCGUGUUCAGUCGUCCGUCGAAAGGACCCGUCUGUUCGCAUAUUUGUUUGCAUUACUAUAUUAUAUACUGUUGUCAACCAACCCGAAUUGGUGCACAUAAUCAUGAUGAUGGUGGUGGUGGGGACGACGCGUUUGUUCAAACACAUGGUCAUCAGAAUUUGAAGGGUCCGAGAGGAGCACUCGAAGCGAGGCCAAAAAAUCGGAGGCAAAGGGAGCGGAAGAGAGAGUGGAUGGACAGAAGAAACUCUUUUUAAACGGAAAGAAUGAUAAGUUGUUGUGCGCAGCCAACGGGAAAAAGACGAGAAGAAGGGAAGAAAUUUCAGUGUGACUCUGGUAGAAGACUAGUAAUAGAAGAAAGACGAGUAAUCGCGAAUUAAUUUGAGAAAGAGUCAGAAGAGUGGGUCAUGUAACUCAGUACUGUUGACAUUUCGGAUUUCGCACAGAUGCUGUCUGAUUAUUCAUUCAUCCCGCGCACAAACAAACUACCGUCCAAACUGAUGGGAAAGAGAAACUAUCUCACCUGGAAUCUCCAUGUACAAGCGAAAUAAUCAGCACAUAAAGCCGAACGUCUGAGGGUUCGGGAAGGCUCCGGAAGUCGUGUCUUCUCUAGGCAGCCGCUCUAAUUUGGCAGGCAGCCAACGACGAAGCGGGAUUAGGCAGUGUGGGGGAGAAUGCAGAGUCGGGUGAAUGCGACAGACGGAGAGGUCAGUAGCCACGCCCCUCGCGCAGAGGAAAAGGCCAACGGAGUGAUGUUCUGUCGGGGGAAGGACGAAGAAGAGAAUAAUGGAAAGAGAAGUGUUGCGCGAGCAAAGAGCCGAACACAACUUAUUGUUGCUCCUCAAAACUCAACGACGCUUUUGAUUUAUAGUAUUGUGAUCAUUGAAAAGAAAGCAUGUUGAUGGGAAGAGGAACAGAAAACAACGCUCAACUAAAAAUAGCUAAAAGAAAAAAGCUCGAAGAAAACAGAGAAGGAGAACGGCUCUCGUUAAUCCACGCCAAGCGAACUAGAGUGUGCCCGUGGCUCGCCAUUUGCCAUAAACAAUCAGCAGGUCGAGCCCUCUACUAUCCUCGAUCCUUCUUUCCGUCUGUCUUCUCGUUCAAUUACGGCCUUUCGUGGUCGGUUUGUCGCGUUCGCGCGUAUUAUGCUCGGUGUGUGUGUGUGUGCUAUUAUACGGACCAACCACACAUCUGCCCGGCUCAGACCCUCAUCCUUGACGGGGGCGAGCGCACACCUUUGAUUACCGGCCAGUCGGAAGGAUACAUUUAUCCGAACGAGACAAACAGUGUGCAGGGACACUGUACGCAACAAAAGUGUCGAGUUUCACCGGCCUCUAGAACUCAUCACGCGACACCGCGGCGGCAUUGGCAAUACGAAGUGGAAGGAAAAUGAAUUGAACAAAGAGGAAAUGAAAUGUCUAAUUCGACGGCCCAUGGAAACUGAAGCCAGUGGGGAAGCAGGGACCAGAAAAGUCCUUGUCGCGGCUUCCCUGUUUUAUUCAUUGGAAUCAUUGUGCGCAAAGGUCCGAUUGCCUCCGCCAGACAAUGGAAUCCGGAGCGCGUGGUCAGUGAAUGGAGAAUCGAAGCGGCAGAAGUAAUCUGGAGUCUUCUCCCUUCUCCUGCUCCGACCGGACAAAAGAGAGUUUAGACGCCCUCCUAUCCUCAUCCUUUUAGGAAAACCUAAUUUAUUCGCAAUGUUUUCGGUUUUUUCGCUUCGGCGACAACUAGUUUUUCGUCUCGUUGUCGUACCUAAUACUCCUUCGACAUGAGCAGAACAGAGGCCGUGCCUGCCUGUCUGCUCGGAGCUCAUUUUUCUCCGCUUCUACUUUUGUCAGACAUCUAAAUAACGGAGAGCCGGAGCCACUCGCAACAACAACAAAAAGAUGAAGCGAACCUUGUUGUGGAGUGUCUCCUUUCUUGUGCGGGAAGAUGUAUUUGUUGCGCCAAAAAUGCUCAUUUAUUGGCUUUCUCCCAUGGGUAAAAGAAAUAGGCGGUCAGUUGAAAAGAAGAAAAAUAAAGAGUAAAGGAGAGGGAAACACAUCUUGAUGCAUCAAAAAUGCUUGAUGAAGAGUAGUGCGUUCGGGGGGAGGACACAUAUGGUUCCCGAGAAGUGGGCGAACAUAUAGAAAGGUCUAAUGAAUGUUUCGAGUGGUACCCGCAGGUUCCUUCUUUGCAGGAAAUCCACUCGAUCGUCGACGAUUUGUCAUUGAGACUCGGAAAUCUGGGAGACGGUUGGCUUGAGAGCAGCCAGACCUCGCCCAAGUACUUCGAGUUCACUCCCAUAGAAUUGCACGCAAUCACCGAACGACUUCGACUUCCUGAGCCAACUGCACCAGGUCAGAGCUCAGAGCUUCCAGUUCUCAAUUUCAUUGUUUUCAGAUGUGAAUAUGGUGGCUGACAUUGGGAAUACUAUUGACUUUCUCCACAGAGUGAGAGCAUUGAAGAUCCGGGGACAGAAAGGUUCCGCAGAGACUGGAUCGGUUCUUAAUGACAAAUUUAAGGUUUCAGGGUACGUUGGCACUUCAAAUAUUGUCUGGAAUUCGCUGGAUAUGAGCCUCCACUUUUGCAAGGGACUCAAAGCUCUUUGGGUACAAUAACACUUUCGUUUACAGCUUUGAUGGCUCACGUAUUCUAAUUCAGAUCGCUGACAGCGAUGUGUGCCGUAUCAACGGAAUCAAAAGUAUCCGAGAGACACUUCGUCGAAUGGUCAUUCAUUAUUCAAUGAAAAAGAUUAAGGAUUUGCUUCUGGACGAAGAAGAUUUGGAAAAUGGUUUGCUCAUCGAGGAAAUGGAUCCGUGGAAGUGUCUGGAAGAGGUGGACCUUUCAUUCAAUGAAAUUAAAUCUUUCGACGAGAGCAUGGUAUCCUUUUCUGAAACUUCAUAGAUUUUAUUGACUUUUUGGUUUCAGAGACUCCUCCCGGAAGUGCGUAUUUUGAAUGUCUGUUACAACUCGAUCACCGAUAUCGGAACCAAUCUCGCCUUUCUCUCUUCCCUCACAGAACUCGACCUUUCCAAUAACAGCAUCACUAAGAUCGAAGCGUAAGAGUUUCAUAAAGACGCUUAGUGAAAUGGGCAUAAAUUAUGAAUGUUGUAGGUGGAACGAGAAGCUUGGCAACGUCAAGAAGCUCAUACUAAGCGAGAACGCUAUAGAGGAUUUGAGCGGUCUCGGGAAACUGUAUUCUCUCGAGUAUCUGGACGUGAAGGGAAACAACAUACAGACUUUGGACGCGGUGCACGGAAUCGGAAAGUUGCCGUGUCUCGAGAUUGUCCUGCUCCGAGAUAAUCCAGUACGGAAGAUCGUCGAGUACCGCACGAAGGUUCUUGAACUGUUCGGCGAACGAUGCAGCGAGGUGAGGAUCAAUCCAUUCCACGUUAUUCAAUAUUCAUUCAGGUGAAACUUGAUGGAAGAAGACCGGAACAUCGUGAGUUGGACACGGUGCGUGUCCGAAUGGCACUCCGCAAGGCGAAAGAAGAAAAAGAGGAAAGGGAGCGGAAAAGGAAAGAGCGCAUCGAAGAGAGAAUCAGGUGAGGGACCGCCUGAGCUUUUCCCCUCGACAUAUUUCAUUUGCAGAUACAUUUCCGGAGAAGAUAUCAGUCCAAAUGUCACCGGCUCAUUCUGA